AUGCACUUUACAGAAUAUUUUUUUGUAUUUGUAGUAUGUAAAUUUAAGGCUCAUAAGCGAUGUGCUGUAAGAGCAACAAAUAACUGCAAAUGGACAACACUGGCCUCCAUUGGGAAAGAUAUUAUUGAAGAUGAGGAUGGUAUAGCAAUGCCCCAUCAGUGGUUGGAGGGAAACCUUCCUGUUAGUGCCAAAUGUGCUGUUUGUGACAAAACCUGUGGCAGUGUCUUACGUCUACAGGAUUGGCGAUGCCUUUGGUGUAAAGCAAUGGUACAUACUGCAUGCAAGGACCAGUACCCUCGAAAGUGUCCGCUUGGCCAAUGCAAGGUGUCUAUAAUACCUCCAACCGCACUGAAUAGUAUAGAUUCUGAUGGGUUCUGGAAAGCUACCUGUCCGCCCUCUUGUGCCAGUCCACUGCUUGUAUUUGUUAAUUCCAAAAGUGGAGACAAUCAAGGUGUGAAAUUCCUUCGGAGGUUCAAGCAGUUACUAAAUCCUGCUCAGGUCUUUGACUUGAUGAAUGGAGGACCUCAUUUAGGUUUACGAUUAUUUCAGAAGUUUGAUAAUUUCCGAAUUCUUGUGUGUGGAGGAGAUGGAAGUGUUGGCUGGGUUUUGUCUGAGAUAGAUAAACUAAGCUUACAUAAACAGUGUCAGCUGGGGGUUCUUCCAUUGGGUACUGGAAAUGACUUGGCACGGGUUCUCGGCUGGGGUGGCUCCUGUGAUGAUGACACACAACUUCCUCAGAUUUUAGAAAAAUUGGAGCGUGCAAGUACAAAGAUGCUGGACCGAUGGAGCAUAAUGUCAUAUGAGCUGAAAUUACCAUCAAAGACAUCUAUCCUCCCCAUAUCCCCAGAAGAGGAGUCUGAAGAGUUUCAGAUAUCUGCGUAUGAAGACUCGGUGGCAACCCAUCUGGCUAAGAUUCUGAAUUCAGACAAGCAUUCAGUAGUCAUAUCCUCUGCAAAGGUGUUGUGUGAGACCGUGAAAGACUUUGUGGCAAAAGUUGGGAAAACCUAUGAAAAGCCAAUGGAAAACGCAGAAGAGGCAGAAGCAAUGGCAGUUAAGUGUUCGACAUUGAAUGAAAAGCUUGAUCUGCUACUUCAGACUCUCCAUGCUGAAGCGCAAGCCACUCCAUUGUUGACACACUUAACACCACCAAUUGUUGAGGAAGAGGUGGAGGAGGAAUUCUCAAGUGAAGACUCUCUAUCUGAGAGCAAGGAGCAUUUAGCAGACAGCAUUGCAAAGUCUUCCACGGCAAAGCUCUUUAAGCCACGGGAGCAGCUCAUGUUGCGAGCCAACAGCUUAAAAAAAGCAGUCAGGCAAAUCAUAGAACAAGCUGAAAAAGUGGUGGAUGAGCAAAAUGCGCACACUGAGGAACAAGAGAACCAGGCUGCAGAAGAGUACAGAAAAGAGUUAGAAGAAUCAAAAGAAGAGGAGAAAGAUGAGGACACCAGGGAAUUUGAUAGCUCAUCAGCUCCUCCACGUUCUCCAGACAGACGUACUAAUAGAAGCGUACAUUCUCAUACAGGUUCAUUCUCGAGCCCACCCUUGGCAUCUAGCAAAGAGAACCUUCCUGUUUUAAACACACGAAUAAUCUGUCCAGGUCUGAGAGCUGGCUUGGCAGCUUCCAUUGCUGGUAGCUCCAUCAUCAACAAAAUGUUAUUGGCAAAUAUGGAUGCCAUUGGUGCUUCUCCUUUUAUUGACCCGGAUUCUGAUACCUUAGAAGGCUAUUCAGAAAAAUGUGUGAUGAACAAUUACUUUGGUAUUGGCUUAGAUGCAAAGAUAUCCCUAGAAUUUAAUAAUAAGCGAGAAGAACAUCCUGAGAAAUGCAGAAGCAGAACCAAAAACAUGAUGUGGUAUGGAGUACUUGGCACCAAAGAAUUGCUGCAGAGAACCUACAAGAAUUUAGAGCAAAAGGUUCAACUUGAGUGUGAUGGGCAGUACAUCCCUCUACCCAGCCUCCAGGGUAUUGCAGUGUUAAACAUUCCUAGUUACGCCGGUGGCACAAAUUUCUGGGGUGGAACCAAAGAGGAUGAUAUAUUCGGUGCUCCCUCAUUUGAUGAUAAGAUUUUAGAAGUGGUGGCAGUAUUUGGGAGCAUGCAAAUGGCAGUUUCCAGGGUGAUCAAGCUCCAGCAUCAUAGGAUAGCUCAGUGCCGGUCUGUAAAGAUCACUAUUCUUGGAGAGGAAGGUGUUCCUGUACAAGUAGAUGGUGAAGCAUGGAUUCAACCACCUGGGGUGAUUAAAAUUGUGCACAAAAAUAGGGCUCAGAUGUUAACCAGGGACAGGGCUUUUGAAAACACUUUGAAGUCUUGGGAGGACAAGCAGAAGUAUGAUUCCUGUAAGCCCGCACUACGUCCUCACUUGUACUCUCCACAAGCUGUUGACCUAGCUUCCGAGGAAGAGGUUGCCCUUAUUCAUCUGUGCUCACAAGCUGCUGAGGAACUUAUCACAAGAAUAUGCGAAGCUGCAAAAAUCCACAGUUUGCUGGAACAAGAGCUGGCCCAUGCAGUGAAUGCUUGCUCACAUGCACUAAACAAAGCCAAUCCUAGAUUUCCAGAGAAUCUCACUAGGAACACUGCCAUUGAAGUUGCAAUGAAUGUGAAGGCACUGCACAAUGAAACAGAGUCUCUCUUGGUUGGGAGAGUACCACUGCAGCUGGAAUCUCAUCAUGAAGAGCUUUUGUCCAAUGCACUGCAUGACGUGGAAGUGGAGUUAACAAAGCUCGCAGAGAUCCCUUGGCUGUAUUAUGUCUUACAGCCAGAUGAAGAAGAGGAUCCUCCGAUGGAAUAUACUAAAAGAAACAGUAGAAGCACAGUAUUUCGCAUAGUGCCAAAGUUUAAAAAGGAAAAGGCUCAAAAACAUAAGACUAGCCCUCAGCCUGUUCAGAAAUGGGGCACAGAUGAAGUGGCAGCUUGGCUGGAUCUGCUCAGUUUGGGAGAGUACAAAGAAAUCUUCAUCCGUCAUGACAUCCGUGGUUCAGAGCUAGUACAUCUGGAAAGGCGGGAUCUUAAGGUAUUUCCUUUGUGCUACUUUUUCCGCUCUCUAAAAAUUUCCUUGUUGGAAUUAAACCUUUUUCCUGUCCCUUUUCUUGUGAUGUGCUUGUAG